CAACAGGCUGUUUGAAAAAACGUGUAGCCAACAAGGAAAUAGCGAACCUUGCACUUUAUAACAAAUCAAUCUGGUGUAGACGAGACGCAGUGGUUAUCGCCGUGAACAGGAAACAUUACUUGCACGGACGCUCAAGUCCCAACAUGCCCAGGUACAGCAGGAAGCAGGUGUCCCUUGAAGAUUGGCCCUUCUAAUACAUGAGAAGAAAAAAAUCAAUGUGUUUUGGAUUUCAAUUCAACACCUUCACACAAAAAAACAAGGUCCUCUGAGAGAAGAGGUGUGAGAUGGAGAGAGAGAAGAAGAAGAGGGAAUGGAGGAGAGGAAGUGGACAAGAGAGAGCGGGGGGUGAGAAUCAAGCCGGUGGGGGAACCAUGGAAACGGGACAUGAUCCUCUUGUUCAGAUGAGGAAUAAGACUGUCGAUAGAAUAACACACUGUCCCGUAGAUAAGAUGACCCACCAUCUUGGAGAGGAACUGUCACGUAGGGAAGGACAGACUGAGGGAGAAACUGCCUGUGUGUCUACAGUUAGAAACAAAGAAGAAAGUGGAAUUCAAAUGGGGACGGAGAAGAUGGAGGAAAUGAAUAAAGGACUGAUAACAGUUACAGACCGAGAUAACGAUGAUGACGACCCUGCCUCCAUCCCUCCUGCUCCCUCCAUCUCUCCUGCUCCCUCCAUCUCUCCUCUCUCCAUCUCCACACUCUCAUCUCCCUCUCCCUCCUUCCUGGCUCCUCUCUCCUCGUUCUCUCCAGUUCCGUCCCUCACCCCUCCCCUUCCCCCGUCAGUAGAGCUGUGUGCGGUGCUCACCGACACUAGACUGACUCUGGACGUAUACCAGGGCGGGACUGCUGUGCUACAGGUACUAUGGGUGUCUGUCCCUGGGCAGCUGCGGGGCCUGCAGUACCUCCGACUGGGCUCGGAGGACAGGGGGGCGCUAGAGGGAGCCCUGGAGGUCCUACCGCACCUCACACAGCUACGCUCACUGGCUAUUAGAGGACACUGUUUCCAUGACGCCCAUGGUGACCCCCUCCCCGGCCUUCUCACCUCUCUUCCUCCCUCUCUCUCAUCCCUUUCUCUCCUCGUCCACCUGGACCUCUCCUUCAACCUCCUCUCCUCCUUCCCUCCCUGCCUCCUCACCCUCCCCCUCCUCUCCACCCUCCUCCUGGGUCACAACCACCUCACUGAUCUCCCUCCCUCCUUCGGUCCUCUCCCUGCCCUCCGCUACCUCUCUCUCCUAGGGAAUUGUCUGGCCUCUCUCCCCCCCAGCCUGGGUCAGUUGAAGACACUCCACACCCUGGAUGUCUCCUAUAACCUCCUGGAGACAUUACCUGAGGAGAUCGGUGCGCUGGAGGAGCUGGUCAAACUGGAGCUGUCACACAACAGACUAAAGAGGCUGCCUGAGACCAUGGGCGGUCUCCUGUCUCUCAGGGACCUGGUGAUCCACAGUAAUGACCUGCGUGUUCUCCCCGUCUGUCUCUGUCUGGACAAACUGGAUAAGUUAAAGGUAGACGUAAGGAACAACCCCCUGGGAAGACCCCCUACCCCUCCACCACUACCACCCACACCUGGCCAAGUGGAAACACGCAUUCCAGAGUUACACCUUGGACCGAAUCGACACAGGUUCUGUGUGUCGUCUGCUGGUUGUCAUGUGUUCCUCCCAGGGGGAGCGGAGCUACUGUUUCCCUCGGGUUGCCUAGCGACGACCACCACGCUGCAGUGGGCGGAGCGUAGGCCAGACAGGAAAUGGGUGUGGCUAGAGGAGCAUGACUUCCUGCUGAGUCGACCACUGGAACUCCUCCCACACGGGAUCUCCUUUUUAAAGCCAGUGGAGGUGUGUGUACCGUACCACCGGUCCAGGAAAGGGGAGGUGGUUGUGAGGAGGUUUGAUGGACAGCAGUGGAGUACACUAUCCACUGAGACCAGAAGGGGCAGUAUAGGACACAGCAGUCACCCCGGAGGCCGUCCUGCCAGGCUGGCCUGCGUCUCAGUGAGACAGUUCUCCUGGUUUGUGGCAGUGAGUCGUCCAGUCAGGGACAGUUGCUCUGUGACACCAGAGGGGGCGCUGUUGGUGUCACGUUCAGACGCAGGCAUCAAACUGACCUUCCCCCCGGACUGCACUGUUCAGACCCGCACCAUCACUCUACAGGUGCUACAGGUGUCUGUCACUGAGGUCCAGACGUUGUGUGGAGACCCUCAGGCCAGAGUCAGUCCCCUCCUCUGUCUCUCUCAAGACCCCAGCAUCCAAUUCCUCCAGCCAAUCAAGGUGCAGGUCCCUCUGCCAACUGGACUCACUGGUCAUACAGUAGACCUGUCCUGUCUCCACCUGCUUCAUGGAGACCCCAGCGCCCACACCUGGACAGACAUAACCUCACAGGUGUCCCUGUACGUCACACAGCUCUACGCCAUCUUCUACAUCACUCACUUCUCCUGGUACUGGCUGUGGUACACUACCCAGCGCUGUGUUAGCGGGGUGGUCCGUAGGGUCUACCAGAGACUGAAGCAGUUUCAGGUCCAGUUCCUGGUGCUACAGAGGAGAACAGACCCCAAACAGGUUCUGCUACAGUGCCUGCCUGCUGACAAGGUGGACAACAGAGUACAGUCUCUGUCAGAGCAGUACGAUGGGCCACAACCCUCAGACCUCUGUGACCUGUUGGAGGGAGAGCAGUUCUUCGCUGGCUUCGAGAGGGGCCUAGACGUCAGUGCAGAUAGACCAGACUGUGCGGAAGGGAGACUGUCGUUUGUGUUCUACUCUCGGUUGAAGAAUCUCAAAGAGGUGUACGUCUGUCCAACACAGAAGCAGGAGGGGUCAAUCAGGGGCCAGGUGUCUUUCUAUCGAGGGGAGGUUCCCAGUGACAUACCACAGGAAGUGGCCAGGAAAAGGAAAGGACACGACAGCCAAUGGCUGGCCACCUUACCACUCAGACUUCCUGGCCUAAACUCAGAGGGUGGUAGUAAUGGUAUGGACUGGGAGCAGCCUCAGUACCCUCCGCUGAACCUGGGCGACCCAGAGAGCGGGUACCUGACUGAAGCUAACCUGCUGGCCAUCUCCCUGCAGAUCGGACAGGACUGGAGGUCCAUUGGCAUCAACCUGGGAAUCAGCUACCAGGAGCUGGACCGCAUGCAGUACAAAUACAGAGACAACCUAGGGGCCGUGGUGUUGGAGAUGCUGUUCCACUGGGCCCGGGGUCAGCAGCAGGAGGGUGUUGGGUUGCGUCCCGCUGGAGGUCCAGGCCAGCAGGGUAUUGGUGCAGUGCCCAGGUUGAUAGAUGCCAUGGUGGAGAGUGGCAGGAGGGACCUGGCUGAGGAGAUUAAAGACAUAGUGAGGCUAGGAACCCGAAAGUAUAAUGAGUCACUGAGGAGGGUGGGCCUAGAAGAGGAAGAGAAGAGGCCUUCAACAGACACAGAUCCCUCACCUUCACACUGAACCAACUGACAGAGGGAGUA